AUGUUUUCUGUUUCGCAAGCAUCAGGCCAAUAUCGGCCAACAAGCCAUCCAUACAAGAUAACGAUCAGUGACAAAACUGUGAUAUCAAAUUCUGACCUAAUUGAAGAUAGCAUCUUCCUAUGCGAGGACAUCAUUGAUGGGACCUUAAAGACUAACUUCCUUAUUGAUGUUAUGGGGAAAAUCGUAAGCCUUGAACCAGUUCAAACCGUCCAAGUUGAAGGACAGGACCGCAAGAAAGUUCAAUUUCGUUUGUUAGAUGCAAAUGGUAAGGACCUUGCAUGUUGUUUAUGGGGAAAAUAUGCAGAGAAAAUGGAGGCUUGUGUUGAACGUGAGCAACCACUGAUCUGUUUGAUCAGGGUGUUAAUAGGUGAGGUGCAAAUCACAAAUGCUUUUGAUGCAUCCAUUGUUUAUCUUGAUCCAACUAUGGAGAAAGCAUUACAGUUCAAGGAGAAACUGGUGGAAGAUGGGCUUCCUCUUGCUAUUAUUGAGAAGAAAAACGGUAAGAAAGAAAUCGUUUUACAAGAAGAUGACUGGAACAAGGUUGAGAUCAAGAUGAUUUCCGAACUCUUUGUUUCGAAUCAGGUUGCAAACAUCGUGCCAUCAAACUUCAAUCAACCCAUGAUGAUAUCCAACUUUGGCGUUGUGAGAAGUGCCAAGUUCAAGCUUCAUUUGAUUGUGAGGGAUGACACAGAAACAUGCAAGUUGUUGUUGUUGAAUACUGUUGCUAAGACCAUUGUUGGACAUGAAGCUGUUGAUUUGUGGGAUGGCUCCUAUGAUGAGAUUGAAGAUCCAGAGCUCCUACCAGAACAAGUCAGAGCUUUAGAAGGAAAAUCUUUUUGUUUUGGCAUUUCUGUGAAAUCUGACAAUGUGAGGGAUGGGGCAGCAACAUUUAGAGUUCUUGAGGUCUGGUCUGGAGAUCACAUUCUUAAAGUGGAAUCUCAAUCCGAGCCCACCUCAAUGAUUGGCACAUCAUCUUCUACAGUGUCUUCUGGUGAAGUGCUCAUGCUGGAAGGAAACAGCCAGAAUGAUUCAGAAGAAUGCAAAACACCUUUUGCAAAACGCAAAGAGGAAUAUGCUGAUCUCCCAGACAUAACUUCUACUUCUAAAAAGUUGUGCACCUCCAUCAAAGUCGAAAAGGAAAAGGAAGAGUAA